UUGUAGUUUCAAGUUUGUAUUAUAUCGUAACAGCUGAUUAUAGCUGUAGCCGAGAUGUUGAUUGUCGAAUAAAUUUCCUAAAAUAAAUAUUCUGUCGAAGUAUAUAAAUAAAUAGCCAUGGAUGUUGUGAGUCUCCUAAAUAAUAUAAACGAGAAGUCGGACAUGUUCGCAGUGAAAACAUGGACUUCUGAGUGGUCUAAUAGUUUUCAAGAAAAUCAAUUGCUGUGGUCAUUUUGUGGCUGCGUCCUGGUUUCGUUUCUCGUCAUAUUCUUCUAUUAUUACAAAAAAUGGCGAUCAAAAGAAAUUACAGGAGCAACAGGCGCAAACGCGGCGGGAGAGCCAGCGAAACGUUUCCGCAAACGGGACAAGAUGCUGUUCUACGGACGGAGAAUGCUGAGGAAAGUGAAGUCCAUCUCCAACUCCGGGCAGGGCAAGAAGAGGCGCGCUGUGAUGAGGUUCGCGAGGAAAUUACUGCAGCUGAAGAAGGAGAGCGCCCCGGAGCAGUUGAAGGUACUGGAACCACCUGCUGAAUAUCUGGAAGAAGACCUGACCAGCGACGACCGAGUGCCACCUGACGCCCUUUAUAUGCUGCACAGCAUCAGAGUGUUCGGGCACUUCGAGAAGCCCGUGUUCCUGAUGCUCUGCAAACAUACCGAGAUAUUGAACCUCCCAGCGGGUUCCUUCCUGUUCAAAGUCGGCGACACGGAUGAGAACGUGUACGUGGUGCAGACAGGGCGUGUCAACGUGUACAUCACCAACCAGGACGGCAGCAGUCUCUCGCUCAAGGUGGUGCGAGCGGGCGAGAGUGUCACCUCGCUGCUCAGCUUCACCGACGUCUUAACGGGUCACUCCCAACCGUACAAAACAGUGAACGCGAAAGCGCUCGAAGACUCGCAAGUGAUAAAGCUACCGAUGCGAGCUUUCCAGGAGGUCUUCAAAGAAUAUCCAGAUAUCUUCGUUCGAGUCAUACAGAUUAUAAUGGUGCGUUUACAACGUGUGACGUUUACCGCACUGCAUCAGUAUCUCGGCCUCAGCGCCGAGCUGGUCAAUCCGGGUCGUGAGCGCCGGCGCACCACAAACGUCCCGACGAUGUCACCGGGCAAGACCAGCAAAUCAUUCCCUGAGGGACCUGGGCCCACCCUUCACCAGUCGCCGCAGCACAGCGAGCGAAACUUGCAAGAACAUAUGCAAGAGAGCAGCAUGCCGUCCUCUUCCCCCAUACACAUUCAGGGCAGGAGACAGAGACAGGACAUGCCUGACGUCACCUCCAACACACCGCAGCAACAGCCGGAUGUGCAGCCGACGUCGUCAUUUCAACGACCAAAGGAGGGAUCCUCGUUCAAGAAACCCAACACGGACAAUCUAGAUGAACAAGCUUUGAUCAAAAUAGCGACCGAUGCGUUUGUGAAGGAGCUGGGCUUGGAGAAUGGACAGUUGUUGGCCGGCAUUGUGCAGGUCAGAGAUCUGCCCGCUGGAACGUAUAUCAUGAAAGAGGAGAGUCACAAGGACGUUGCACUAGUGUACCUAUUAUCUGGAGCGCUUCUGGUGUCGCAGCGGGUCGCAGAGGGAGAGGGUGAAGUCCACAUGUUCACGGCAUACCCAGGCGAGGUGGAGGGCGGUCUGGCGGUGCUCACGGGUGAGCCCAGCUUCUUCUCCAUCCGCGCGAAGCACUUCUCUCGCAUCGGGCUGCUGUCCAAGAGCGCCGUGUACAGCAUCAUGCGAGAGCGGCCCUCGCUCGUGCUGCACAUCGCCAGCUCCGUGGUGCGUCGCCUCUCGCCCUUCGUGAGGCAGGUGGACUUCGCACUCGACUGGGUGUUCCUGGAGUCUGGUAGAGCCGUAUACAGACAGGACGAGGAGUCGGGGUCCACUUUCAUCGUGUUAAGCGGAAGAUUGAGAUCCGUCAUCACGCACCCCAAUGGCAAGAAGGAGCUCGUGGGAGAGUACGGCAAGGGAGACCUGGUUGGAAUUGUGGAGAUGGUGACCCAGACCCGUCGAAGUACGACAGUGAUGGCGGUCAGAGAUUCGGAGCUGGCCAAGUUGCCCGAGGGACUGUUCAACGCGAUCAAGCUGCGUUUCCCCGUUGUGGUGACUCGCCUCAUCAAUUUACUGGGCCAUCGGAUAUUAGGUUCGUGGCAGAAGCCGACGGCAGGUCUCGGCGGCGCGGCGGCCAUCGAGUCUCGUCCGUGUCAGCACAACUUCUCGACGGUGGCCGUGGUGCCGGUGAGCGAGGACGUGCCUCUCACGGCCUUCACCUACGAGCUCUACCACUCGCUCUGCGCCAUCGGUCCUACGGUGAGGCUAACUUCAGAUGUUAUAAGAAAAUUAUUGGGGCUUACUAUAAUGGACCCCAACAACGAGUAUCGGCUGAGCUCGUGGCUGGCGCAGCAGGAGGACAAACAUAAGGUGGCGCUGUAUCAGUGUGACCCGAGUUUAACCCAGUGGACACAAAGAUGCAUCCGGCAGGCUGAUUGCAUACUCAUUGUUGCUUUGGGAGACAAACAGCCCAGUAUUGGAAAGAUUGAAAAGGAAAUAGAGCGCCUGGCGAUCCGAACGCAGAAGGAGUUGGUGUUGUUACACCGCGAAGGUGGAGGACGACCGCUGGGCACCGUGCACUGGCUCAACAUGAGGACCUGGGUCAGUCAACACCACCACGUGCGCUGUCCGCACAGGAUGUUCACGCGCAAGAGCCAGUAUCGCAUCAGCGAGUUGUACAGCAAAGUGCUGAUGUCGGAGGCCAGCGUGCACUCGGACUUCAGCCGGCUGGCUCGCUGGCUCACGGGCACCUCGGUGGGGCUGGUGCUGGGGGGAGGGGGGGCGCGGGGAGCGGCGCACGUGGGCAUGAUCCGGGCGAUACAGGAGGCAGGCAUACCCAUAGACAUGGUGGGCGGAGUUAGCAUUGGCGCGUUCAUGGGAGCUCUUUGGUGCAUGGAAAGGAAUAUCACCACCGUCACGCAGAAGGCUAGGGAAUGGUCCCAGAAAAUGACCCAGUGGGGCAAGCAGUUGUUGGACCUGACGUACCCAGCUACGUCCAUGUUCUCCGGCAAGCAGUUCAACACGACCAUCCGCUCCACGUUCGGCGAGGUGCACAUCGAGGACCUGUGGCUGCCAUACUUCACCGUCACCACCGAUAUCUCCUCCAGCUGCAUGAGGAUACACCGCCACGGUUCGCUGUGGCGAUACAUACGCGCGUCGAUGUCUCUGAGCGGGUACAUGCCCCCGUUGUGCGACCCAGUAGACGGCCACCUCCUAUUGGACGGCGGUUACGUCAACAACCUGCCAGGUAUGUUGUGGAGGUACUGCAGGGCGUCUAUGAGCAUUGCGGGGAUUUUCCCGCCAAUUUGUGACAGCAACGACGGCCAUCUCCUGUUGGACGGAUGUUACGUCAACAAUGUGCCAGCGGAUGUAAUGAGAUCGCUUGGGGCAAAGCACAUUCUUGCCAUCGACGUGGGCUCGCAAGACGACACGGAUUUAACUAAUUACGGUGACGACUUGUCUGGCUGGUGGCUGCUAUGGAAAAGAUGGAAUCCGUUUACAACGCCGGUGAAGGUACCAAACCUGCCGGACAUACAGAGCAGACUCGCCUACGUGUCCUGUAACCGACAGCUGGAGGAGGUGAAGAAGUCUGACUACUGCGAGUACAUCCGGCCGCCGAUCGACGCGUACAAGACGCUCCAGUUCGGGUCGUUCGACGAGAUCCGCGAGGUGGGCUACCGGCACGGCACGGCCUACUUCGAGGGCCAGCGGCGCGGCGGCGGCGGCGGAGUGAGCGGGGCCGCGGCGGCCGAGGGGCGCGGGGGACACGCCGUUCAGCCCGCGCUCACCGACUACACGUUCACGGACCUGGCGCAGAUGGUAUGCUCGGUGCGCACCGCGCGCGACACCGGUAACGACUCCAGCUCCUCGUCAGACUACGAAGAUGACCAGCGCCACUUCGAGGGGUACGCCUCCGAACCCAGCGCCGGCAUCCUCGAGGAAGGACUUCGGACCCGACGUGUGGGAGGCUCGUUGUCCCUCUCCGAGGACGAGAUCGACUCGGAAGCCGAGGUGUAUGACCCGCUUAACAAACGCGGCGGGGGCAGAUGAGAUCCGACCAUGCACGAUCUGUGCAAGGCCUUAUAUACAUACGUGAGGGGCGAGCGGGACGCAGCCGGCACCGCUCAAUAAACUGUUAUUAGGCCACGGCUACACGUGGCGGUCAGCCUGCGACUGUUUUAACGCGCUACUGUGUAUUAAAUGGUGUUAUAAGUCAUUAGCGUUUCUUGUAGUUUAGCUCAAUGCUCAGUUAUGAAGACGUUCAACGUUGUGUGGUGUUAUAAAAUUUAGCGUUUUGUGCUACAAUGGUGUACCUCACUUUUUAAUGAACAGUAUUUAGUUAGUCUAUUACUAUUGAGUUCAAAAUCCUCAAUAGUUAGGAGAAACUAUCCGAACAAUAGUAGCUUUCGGUGUGUAGAUUGCGUAAUAUGCAAUUAGCAUUAUUUUGGUGCAUAGGCAUCAUUGAUGCGUUUUGCGUAAAUACAAUUUUAGCGCAAUUCUUAACGUCUUAACGAAGCCUUAACUUAGUGCAUGGCCAGACUGAACACGCGGGUGCGGAAAUUACGCGCGGCUCGUCAGACUGAUAUGCCCAGGGUUUGCCAAAUACAAUAAUGGAUGAAUAAUACUUAUUUUCAUUGGAAAAUUCUUACUUAAAUUGUUUUUUAAUGCAGAAAUUGUGCUUAUAGAUACUUCAAUAUUGAAAUCAGUAGUGGACAUGUUGCCAACGCGCGUGGUAAGCUCGGAAUAGUUUGGGAUCCCAGUGUUCCGAGUGUUCGUGUGACACCCGCGCACUUGUAUAAAUGCCUCAUGGUUUUUUUUAUGACAAUAAGGUACGCGACGAACAUGACGUUUAAAUGGUGGUAAUUAAUACGUCUGCUCAUUACAAAGCAGUGCCCCUCAGGAUUCUUGAAAAACCCAAAAAUUCUGUAUCGUCAACUGGAGACAAUAUAAGAUGUUAAGUCUCAUUCACCCAGCAAUUCCAACUGCUACGGCGCCCUUCAACCGCUCUCGCUUGCCCGCUACGGGCACUCAAAUAAGGUUUCACAUAUUUAAGUACGUCGCGUCGCGUCCGCGAUUUCAGUCUGGCCGAGCACUUAGGGAUUCAUCAGAUGUAACACUUAGUUGGGUCAUAUACCUAGGCUACUAAUGUAAUGUUUCUUCUAUGUUA